GAGAGAGAGAGAGGGGAAGGGGAUCGCUUCUUUGGAUCUUGGGACGGUGGUGUGGAGGAGGAAGGUGGGGGGGCGAUAAUGGCGGGGAUAGCCCUCUUGUUGGAUCUCCUCAGGAGAAACCCUAGCCUCUCCUCCCACCAAUCCCUCCACUCCCACGGCCUCUUCUCCGCCGCCGCCGCCGCCUCCGCCGCCGCCGCCGCAGCAGCGGCGGCGAGGCCCUUCGCCUCCCGCGCCAUCUUCGGCGAUGGAGGGUUCUCAUAUGCUUAUUGCGAUGCUGGUGCAAUCCCAACAUGGAAGGAGGAAAACCAUGAUCUUGACAUUACUGUUGAGAAUAUAAUUCAAAAUGGCUCUGUCACGUAUAGAACGAAAGAUUACCCUUUAGAGCUAAAACCUCUCUUUUCGGCCUUUGGAGUUAAGGCUCUCGCCAUGACAUCUCUGAGGUCCUUCUUAUUGUUCUAUUUGCCCCUUCUGGAACCCCGCUUUCCUGUCGAAGAGGAUGAUGAUUUUGCAGAAGAGGUUUCAGAAGAGAAGAAAAGAGAUUUCGUUAUUCCAUUCCAGAAUUCAGUGAAACAAAUUAUUCGUGAGACUACUGUUGUAACGACCAGACGUGUACUGGAAAGAGUUGCUGUUCAUCAUGUUUCUCAAAGAAUGGCAUGGAAACUUCUUAAAGAUGCUUCUAGAUCAGCGAAGAGAAAAGCUGGAAGAGGAAUGCCAACUCCAUUAUAUGUCUACUGUGUCAGCAGAACAACGUUUCGAGCACAUAUGUUAGGGGUAGCUGCAUCAUGGCUUGUCCAGAUCGUAAUUGAAGCUUACCGAUGCUUCAUCCGCAAGCCCAAUAAUGAUGAAGAUUUUGACAGUAGAGAAAAAAUAAGAUUGUAUUUGAAAAAGGUGUAUGGCACAACUAUCAAGUGUGGUGCCUCUUUAGUCUUUGCAUCCAUUGGAGCGGGUAUUGGCGCCUUAAUUCAUCCUUCAACUGGACAGUGGAUUGGCUGUGCUCUUGGAGAUUUUGCAGGGCCGAUCAUUGCUAUCGUCUGUUUCGAGAAGCUCCAUUUGGAACUUUGAGUUUCACUACGAGAAUUCCGCGGGGCUAUCUACAGCAUUUUGCUCUUCCGAACCCUCAAUACAUACACACAUUUAGCUGAUGUUUUUCCUUGAACAUGACUCCGGACUACAAUGCCUAUUUCGCAAAAACUGACCGGUGCCCUAGAUAAUAAAGUUUCGCGACCUCAUUUAAGAGCAACAACCUGAACAGCAAUGCUCCCUUAUCUAGAAUUGUUUCCCGUGAACGUACCCCAGGUUUGAUCAUUUGUUUCAGUCCUUUUUUUUCCUUUUUCGACAAUUUUUCGUGUUGUAUUUUUUUCUCCCCCUUUUUUGGUUUAAAAUUAUCUCUGUCGCACUUUUGGAUUGUGAUAAGCAUUAAACUAUUCCACUCUUUUGUUAUCAUUUGAAAAUGAAAUGCAUUGGGACUCUCAAAAUA